AUGGACGACGAGGACGCCGAGGGGCUCGUCCACGCGCUGCUGCGCGUGACGCUGGAGCUCGUGGUCUUCCACUGGGUCAACUCCGUGUUGGGCGCUGCGGCCUUCACGGUCGUCGGCUGCGGCGCGCUGCUGUCCGUCCUCUUGGCGCCGCUGUGCUGCCUCGGGCUCGUCUUCUUCCGCCUCGUGCUCUGUCUGGUGGCCGUGCUGGCGGAGCUGGACGUGGCGCUCGUCAACUUCGCGUCCUUGCCGGAGGAGCGCAUCUCCACCACCAAGAGCUUGACACGAGGCUCCCACGCCAGCGCGCGCGCGUGCGGCGAGACGAGCGUCGAGCGUCUCGUCCCCGACCUCAACAAGUUCUCGCCGCCAGCUCUACGCGCGACGCUGUACUUCGUCACAGUCAAGGCGCUGAUCGGAAUGCUCAGCAGCCUCGUGCUGUCCAUCGCCUUCUCGCUGCCUGUGGGUGCCAUCUCGCGCGGAAGUCUGGGGAACAAGUUCCAUGGAGCUGUGGGGCUGUUGGUGUUCCUACUGGCGACAAUCCUGCUGCUGGGCAUUGGAAUCCCUCUUAUGCAGUACGGAGCGAGACUGUCACGAGCUGCUACGGUGUAUUUCUGCUGCGAGAAGUGCGAGCCCGAGCACCAUCACGCAGAUCAUGGUCAUUCGUCUUCGACGACGUACGGAGCGACGGAAAUUUGCAGCGCGGCUUGA